AUGGGUUCUCUCAGCAACGACAAGAUCUCGGUGAUCAUACUUGGGGGCGGGAUCGCAGGCAUUACGCUUCUUCGUGGUCUUCUUCAAUACUCGCAUAUAGAUCCAGUCGUCUACGAGGCCACUCAAUGCUAUCGAGAUGUCGGGGGAGGGAUGGCGUUACACAAGAAUGCCAUCGGAGCCAUGGAGAGCAUCGAUCCAGCUAUCAAAAAUUCAUACUUCCGCAAUGCCAACUCAAUGGCUGCCGACGACGAGACCGAAUUGUCAACACAUGUCGUAAUGGUUGAAGGGCCCUUCACUGGCGAGAUCCUCGCCCGUCUCGGCACAGCGAAGGGUCGCAAGACAAUCUCGCGGUAUGACCUGCUCAACGGCUGGUUUGACCUUGUCCCGAAAGAGCGAGUGCACUUCGGAAAACGGUCACAUAGUCUCGAGGAGCUGUCCGAUGGCAGUGUCAGGUGCUCCUUUGAGGACGGCACUACAGUCACUGGCGAUUGUGUCAUCGCAGCAGAUGGUAUUCAUUCCAAGAGUCGGCAGUUCCUCCUCUCGAAAGACCACCCUGCGGCCAGACCCGUGAAUCACGACAAGUGGCUGUCGAUCAAUCGCCAGAUCCCCAUGGAGGACGGCCUCAAGGUGCUCACAGGACCGACCGAGUAUGUGCGAAUCAUGAUCGGACCCAGAGGCUAUAUUUCCACGUCUCCGCUUCACAAGGGAAAGACGCUGAGUAUGACUCUCAUGACUACAGGAGAAGCCACUCAGGAGAACCUUGAUGUUCGACUUGAGCAUUCAUACUGGGCUGGUUAUGACCAAGAGUGUCUGAGUGUGGUGUCUGUGAUGCGAUCUGGUUCAGGACCCGAUGUAUUCUGGAAUCUUGCGGAUCAUGAUCGGGCGCCUAUAUACCAUCGCAACAAUGUUGUGAUAAUCGGAGACGCAGCACACGCCACGAUGCCUUUCAUUGGCAAUGGCGCAGCGCAAGCUCUCGAGGACAGCGCUGUUCUCCAUGCCGUAUUCGCCAAAGUCCAACAAAAGGAGGACGUGCCGCUUGCUUUUCAAGCGUUCGAGACAGUGCGGAAAGAGAGAAGUCAGCUGGUGGUAGAGGCAUCAAGAGAGGCUGGGCGCAUCGACAGAUACGAUGUUGGACAUAUCCCUGGCGCCGAUCCUUAUACGCGAGAUGGUCUCGAUGCGAUCAAGAAGCGAUUCAAGGAGAUCGGAGCUUUUACGAAUGAGGUUGAUGUGAGCCCUCCUGUCACCAUCGCGCCACCACUCCAUCAUCCGCCCUACCAAACGACCACUUCUCACCAUAACCCGCCCGUCCCUCCCCUGUCAGCCCAUCCCAAACACCCGCCCAUUCUCCCACUCCACCCGCAGCAUGUCCUUCACCAAAUCCACACCGACGCCGCCGCUCCUGCCGCAGGCCCCUACUCGCAAGCAAUCAAAGCCGGCGGCACAAUCUACUGUUCCGGUCAGAUCCCUGCCGACGCUUCAGGCCAGAUUGUCGACAGCAGCAUCACGGCGUCGACAAGGCAGUGCUGCGAAAAUCUGAAGGCUGUUCUAGAGGAAGCGGGGAGUGGGUUAGGGAAGGUUGUGCGGUGUGGUGUUUAUCUGACGGACAUGGAGUAUUUUCAGGAGAUGAAUGUAGAGUAUGAGAAGUGGUUUGGGCAUAAGCCGGCGAGGAGCUGUAUCGCGGUGAAGCAGCUGCCGAAGGGUGUUAAGGUCGAGAUCGACUGUAUCGCUCUUGCAUGA